UGCGUAGAUUCUGCUCAGCGGCUCAAGAACAUUCGCCAAGCGAAAAAAAGUCGAUGAGAAAGAUGUAAUGGUGGACGAAAUUACGAAAAUCGGAAGAAGGUAUUCGACCCAGUUCGACUAUCCUGGACUGGAUUGGCAACGUCCAACAAACGGAUUCGUAUUCUAUGGGGUCUCCUGAGCUAGUGUGCCAAAGGGCGUUUAGUUGGAGCUUCAGUGCAUCACCUUCGCCGAAAGAGGCCCUUUCUGAGAUUUGGCCGAUGGACUAUGAGGAACGCCUUUGCUUGGGGCGGACGCGACACACAGCAUUUCAGGUUCCUUAGUUUCGUUACUAAUCUCAGUGUAGUUAUGAAUCUUGUUAGCUAGCUCUGCUCUGUGCGACGUAAACCAACCUCCUGCGUAGAACCCAGACCGUCGACUGCUUCUAAUGAAGCCACACAGCCUGAUAAGGGCACAUCCACACAGUUGUCCUGAGUUGAGCUGAGCACCGUAGGCUGAAUGAAAAUAUUCUCCUAGGUUUGCCACAUUUUAGCGUCCUCUGUGCGAAUUUCCAGAGUGGAAGUUCUACCCUUUCCUUGCCCAGCGCCAACUGACGAAUGCUCCUGUGAAGUCACGGCACGAGUGUGAACGGAUCGCGCGAUCGUGUCCGAAGCCUACAUGCGGUGACGACUGCAGGUAGAUCUACAAGUGCCUUUUGUUACAUUUAUAGCCAUUGUAGGAUCAGAAAGUCUGGAGACUGCACGGGAGGAGAGCAGCUGGGAGUCGUAAAAUACCGGAAUUUUAUUACUCCCUGGUGGAGAGGGUGUUACGACUCAGCAGUGCGAAUGCGGUGGCAAUCAAACCUGCCUUCAUCACCUAACUGAAGACAUUGCAGACAACCAUCCUUGAGCCGAGUGUGCACUGCAACACAGGAGUACUGUGACCAUCACACCAGUCAAGUGUCUGCAGGAACACUAGCACUGCCGGUGAUAUGCCGGUGGAUUUCUGGUAUUAUGUUGCCAAGCCGGUUUGGUUGGAUUUGUGCCGGGAUGUUAGACUGCCACACUGGGCAGUAAGAGAUCUGCUGGCAAGUGUUGAUAAUCUUCCUCCAGCCCUCACCGUUAAUAGACAGGAUUCUACAGGCGGUUGGGCUUGCGCAUAUAUAUUACCCUGGUUACUGUCAAGUGGCAACAAAAGUGCUGCAAAGUUUCUUGAUACCUUAUCCCGAUGUGGAACAGAAUAUAAUCAAAUUUCAUCAAUGUUAUCCAGUGUCUGGAAGGCCAUAGUGGCGGAGGAACAAGAAACCGCACCUUGUGAGUUCUUUCUUGAAGCAAUCAAGAACAAUGUGGACAUCAUUCGCCAUUCUCUGUCUAAGGCUUCCCCGUUCAUAUUGAUGGCUGAGAUAUCACUACUCCAAAGACACAGUGGAAUUAGUGCCGGUGCAAUGGCUACAAUAACAACAGCACUGGCGGAGUGUAAAACGGAUGAUUGCUUUCCAGCAAGAUCAGCAAUAAAGGCAAUGGUAGACGAUGUGUUAUCUAGUGGCCAUGCACAGUGUGCACUGUUCGUGAAUCUGCUUUUUUGGAGUUCAGCACUAAAAGACUUCAUUCCGGACCAUGUCAAUGAUACUGUGUUUGCCGAUAUUGGAACACACUCUAUACGUGACCUCUACAUUGCGGUGUGUGUCAAUUCUCAACUUCCAACAGGUAUUGUGACUGGACAGAAGAAUGCAACAAGUUCAAAGAAACAAACGGCAAAAAGUGGAAUUGCUGGCUGGAACGCAGAGGAUGAGCAGGCUUAUCAACUAGCUCUCUCAGAAGGACAGCAGAUAAUCCCGCAUGCGAGGCUUCUUCUAUGCGGUCCGGGCCGCUCAGGCAAAAGCAGCGUGGAGCGAUCACUUGUGGAUGAGCCAUUUGAAAAGAGAAGUGACAGCACCAUUGGUGUGGAGCUACAAACAGCUGUCUGUACCAUUGGACAGAGAGAUGGCAAAUUUGUUUGGCGCAAGGAAGCUGAUCAAAAAAUGCAACAUCUGCUAAUGGUGCUCAUAUCACUCAACAAAGCAGUACAACGAAAGGCAAUUGAGGGUUGCCUAGCCCAGCAACAUGCAGUCAAUGAAGAAACUGUCUUCCCAGUGAUGGAAAGCAUGGCAGCGGAGGACAAUCUGGAGCAAAGAAGGGUCCAACCGACCACACCAAGUAGCAGUACAACAGGUGUUCGUUCGCCUGAGGAUAGUGGGCACACAGCAGUCGAAACUAAUGACACAACACAUGACGUAACUGACGGUGGUAAUGAGCGGAAUUCCCAUUCUCGAAGUGUAGACCAAAUGCCGUUUGCUUCAACUACCACAUUUCCUUAUGAUGCUGAUGUGAUUGCUGAUACAUCACCCGACACUGCAGCCAAUGCAACUACAGAAACAACUGCCACCGUUGGAAGCAAUAGCUCUGUCAAUGAUGCUGCUAUUGAUGUACCUUCCACCAUUCAAGCCACAGCUUCAGAAGGAAAGCUACUAAUGCCAGAGGAAAGGGCACUUGCAACACAUGAAGCAGAGAGCAGCUGUGUAACACCCGACUCACCAUGUUCACAUGAUCCAAAGAGCCUUGAAGAGGAGCUGUCAUACGCAGCAAUGCGGGUUGAUCAGUUCAUUGCUGAUCUCAAGUACACCGAUGUGAGUGAGUACAACAUCAAGGACUUGGAUAAACUUGUGUUCUUGGACAUAUGGGACUUUGCAGGACAGCGGUUAUUUUCAGCACUUCAGCAUAUGGUUCUGUCGUCAAGGCGCUGUGCAUAUGCAGUCGUCUUCGAUGCCUCCAAGCCAAUGGAGAAGGUAGCCGAACCAACACUUUGCAGAGAUGGUGAAGAGUACCGGCUAGACAACAGUCAAGGCUCCACCAACUUUGACAUCAUGGAAAGCUGGUUGAACACAAUCCAUCAUGUUAUCGGUGAUGACCCAGACGUACCAGUUUACGCUAUUGGCACGCACAUCGACAAGCUUCCGCGCAAAACUCGCCAACAAUCGCUUGACAAGAUGAAGAAAUACAUCUGCACGAAUGCUGAGGAAAGAGCGUAUGGUUUCAAUCUGGAUGACGUAGUGUUUGUUGACAACACUGUUGCUGGCAGCAGGGAUCCAGAUGAAACCAUCAUUCGGCUUCGACAGGAUUUCAUUGAGAAAUUGGAACCGCAGUUCAAACAGCCCAUCCCCAUUCGCUGGCUGCCAUUCACCAUUGGUACAAAGGAAGUAGCAAAGAAAUUCAAAUGCCCAUGGCUAACAAUUGAGCAAAUCUACCGUCUUGCUAGCACAGUGUGUGGUGGUGAUGCUGGGAACAAUCGCUCUCAGUCUGUUGAUGUGGAGGCCAUGUUGAAGUACCAACAUCACCUUGGCCACAUUCUCUACUACCCAGAGAACCGAAUCCUGUCAUCCAAAGUCAUCAUUGAUGUUGAAUGGCUGCUGAGAAUCGCAUCACUACUCUUUUGUCCCGAGCCGAAGAUUGAGCAGGGCAAACGUCUUCGCAAGCUCUACGAUCUGCUGACAAGCAAGGGAAUCUUGCUGGAGCGUCUGAUUACUCACCGCUGGGAACAACACAGCAAACAAACUGCAAUGUACACCAAAACAGAAGAGCAACGUGACUAUCUGUACGAACUGAUGGAGCAAUCUGGUCUCAUGUACAACACAAAGACCAGUAUGAAGAUUCCCGACCGUGAGGAAGAGUCUCGCAAGUUCUACGUCCCAGCCCUUGUAAGCCGGAUGCCUGAAGACAAUGCCGCUCUGCUAUUGGAUGACUCAACACCAACCAUAUACUUGUACACGGGAAAUCGCAAAUACCUUCCACAGACACUGUUCUGGUGUGCCGUGGUAAGGUGUCUGCAGAAGUAUCGCCCACGCCAUGAGCCACUUCUCUACCAGUCCGCAGCUCGGCUGAGGUGUUACAGCAUCUACUGGCUGGUACUGGAGUACUUCAGUCAUGGCAUUCGCAUCUCUGUUGCAGCUGAGGAAUCCGCACAGUCAAACAUCGGAAGUUCUUACUCCACAGCACGUCCCGCUGACCUUCCCGCAAUGUGUUCAGAAGCCCUGAUGUUUGUAGAGGAGCAGCUGGAGGAUCUGAAAAAGUUCAGCCUUCGACACGUCAACAUCAGCCGAGCAGUUCGAUGCGUGUGUCUUGUGAAUCAACGCCCUUGUCAACGUCAUAAGAAGAAGUCCUGUCCACGGACAUCAUGCCAUCACUUUGCAGAGCUGGUGGACGGAGAAGUUCCACAAUGUCCGCUGGAGUCACAGCCCAAUGUAGAUGCCGGUCCAGUUUUGCAGUACUUCAAGUGCAUUCCGUUCCAAUAUGUGCAAGCUGGUCAGCCGGACAACUCCGUCUCUGCAGCGCUUAUGACUAUGUCUGGCUUACAACUUGCAUCUACAACAGGCAUGGCUACUGGUAGCGGUGGUGCGUGUGGCACCGACACAGACAGCAAGUCACUCGGCGCUAUAGGCUGCAAGCAUCUCAGAAACAUUGAUGAUUGGGAGGACUUCACAGCUGCUCUUGAACCAUUGCUGGAUGACAAUGCAAGAGGAAAGCUGGGCAAGGCAGCAGUCAAACUGGUGGACAAGAAUCUGAAGAACAACUAUCGAAAUGUUUUGCGCGUGUUCCAUGGGAAACACCAAGAAACGAUCACUGGCAGUGGACAUGGAGUCACUAGCGUAUUCUGUAUCAUCCUCUAUCUGAUUGUGGAGAGACAAGGGCUGACCAUUGAUGAGUUGUGUACACAGUUAGAGGACAGUGCUCCGGAGAAUCGUAACCUGAUCCGCACAGCUCUCCUUGAGGCAGAAUACACGGAAUAGCUGUGUUGACAGGUAGAAGGCAGUGGACACAAGCACCAGGAUGCUGGUUAUCGAGAUGUCAGCUCCGUGUGGUUUUGCCGGAUUCGAGCCGGUUCUUUGUACGCUAGCUUUGUUGCAUGUUCUGUGCUGCACAUUGCUCGCCAGGCACAGUGGAAUGAUAGUGUACAUAGUUUUGAACUCAUCGGCACGGUGCACUCGUGUGAGUACUUGAGUGUUUUUAACCAAUAUUUUACUUGUCUCCUUCUAUGCAUGUAGGCAUGUUGAAGUUGGUAGUUGAAGUUCGAAGAAUUCCGAGCUUGCUGUUGCAUUUCCCCUGCAACCGAAUCCAAGCUAUUCGCUAGGCUAUAUAAGUAUUACCCUUGAGUCACGGGUUGAUUUCCAGUGUCAUAUGCUGCCCUGUUUUCUCUCUGUGGUCGCAUAUUCAUUUUCCGUGGCACGGCUUGAUCCCCCGAACCGGGUCAAAUCUUUUAUUCAUGUACAUGUAAGUACUUGACAAACAUUCUACAUAGUUAUACAUGUACUCAUGCUGUACUUGUAUAUGUGUGUGUAGUGUGAUGCCUCAUGCCAGGCAGCUGUGUGAGCCCUCAGCGGGGCGAGUUCUUGGCCUCGUUGGUCGUUUGUUUGCCCUCACUUGGCAGUAGGCGACC